AUGAAGAGAGUGUCAAGUUUGAUUGUAUUAGUUCUGAUAGUUGCAGCCAUGAAGCCUGCGAAUGGAUUCAGCUGUGUGGAAGCAAAACUUUCAUUGUUGGCAUGCUUACCUUUUCUCACCAGCAGUCAAGAUAGUCCUUCAAGUGCUUGUUGUAAUGCAGUGAGUAAUGUGAGAGCGUCAGCACCUACCAAACCUGAACUUCGUGAGGCAUGUCAAUGUCUUACGGCAGCCGUCGGUGAAUUUCCAAACCUUGACAAAGAUAGAGCCAUUCAACUUCCUAAACUAUGUAACGUUGAUGUUGGUUUUCCCCUCACCAAAGACAUCGACUGUAACAAGAUCUUUCUUUGA